AUGGUAUGUGAAAAUAACCUUCAAGGAUUGAGCCCAAAGACACUGUCAGAUAAGAGGCAGCAUCGCCUGCAGCUGUUAGAGAUAGAUGAAGCCUGCAAGAGGAUAAAGCGUGAAAUCGAUGAUCUGGGCCCCGAGGUUGGUGACAUUAAGAUCAUCCCGUUAUAUUCCACGCUUCCCCCUCAACAGCAGCAGAGGAUUUUUGAGCCCCCACCUCCCAAAAAGCCCAGCGGUGCAAUCGGACGAAAGGUUGUUGUAUCCACUAAUAUUGCCGAGACAUCCUUGACAAUAGACGGCGUUGUUUUCGUCAUUGAUCCUGGCUUUGCGAAACAAAAGGUCUACAAUCCGCGAAUCAGGGUGGAAUCUCUGUUGGUGACCGCGAUCAGCAAAGCUUCCGCUCAGCAGAGAGCCGGCCGCGCAGGUCGUACUCGCCCCGGGAAAUGUUUCCGGCUAUACACAGAGAAGGCGUACAAAACAGAGAUGCAGGACAAUACCUAUCCUGAGAUUCUGCGGUCCAACUUGGGUUCUGUGGUGUUACAGCUGAAGAAACUUGGUAUAGAUGAUUUAGUUCACUUCGAUUUUAUGGAUCCACCAGCUCCAGAAACUUUGAUGAGAGCCUUAGAGCUUCUGAAUUACUUAGCCGCUUUAAACGAUGACGGAGACUUGACUGAACUUGGCUCCAUGAUGGCGGAGUUUCCUCUUGACCCGCAGCUGGCUAAAAUGGUUAUUGCAAGUUGCGACUACAACUGUUCUAAUGAGAUUCUAUCUAUUACUGCCAUGCUGUCAGUCCCACAGUGUUUUGUUCGCCCCACGGAGGCCAAGAAAGCCGCAGACGAGGCCAAGAUGAGAUUCGCCCACAUAGACGGAGAUCAUUUGACGUUGCUGAAUGUCUACCACGCUUUCAAACAGAAUCAUGAAUCGGUUCAAUGGUGCUAUGACAACUUCAUUAACUACAGGUCCUUGAUGUCAGCGGACAACGUACGCCAACAGCUGUCACGAAUCAUGGACAGGUUUAAUUUGCCACGUAGAAGCACAGACUUCACAAGCAGGGACUAUUACAUCAAUAUACGAAAAGCCUUGGUGACCGGUUACUUCAUGCAGGUAACGUCCUCCAAAAUAAAAGGAAGGGAAGUCUCUGGGUUGGUGAAAAUUGCUCCCCAAUAUUACGACAUGAGCAACUUCCCCCAAUGCGAAGCCAAGAGGCAGCUGGACCGUAUCAUCGUCAAGCUCCAGUCCAAGGAAUACUCGCAAUACUGAUACUUUUGCCUUUUUUUUUGUUGAGUCGAACUUGCUCAGAGAACAGCGGAAAAACGAUAAAACGGAGUUUCCUCAGUUCCAGGUUGUGCUCUUUUUUUUUGCCUUGAUUCGGGAGCUUUUUAAUUUUCCUUUACAGUAAAUAUUCCAUUUUGAUUUCAUACAUUAAAAGGAUGUAUGCUCUCUUUUUAUUGUCUUCACGCUGUAACUCAUACGACGGGGGCAAACGCUGAUCAAUGUUUUGCAGUUUAUUAAAAAAAAAAAGUAGUUUUCUCUCUCUCUCUCUCUCUAUAACAAUGUUGUAAGCAUUUCUUUAGAAAUGGUUGGGAAAAAAAAUGCUUCUGAAAUGUGAUUUAUCGACCAUGGCAUGCAUGAUCGUUGUAAUUGUUGACAUUCCUUUUAGAAGUUGUGAAAUGUUACAACGUGCUUAUGUAGACGCGACCUUCAGCUUCACUACAGAAGUGUACUGACUUCAAUAAAGUCUAUUUAUACUAAAA